UAUUAUAGCUAUCAACUAUCAACUAGAUACUUGAUACAUAACAAUAUUUUUGAUGCAUUGGUAUUAUGGCUAUCAACUAUCAACUUUGUUGAUGAACUGUGAAUUUUAUCAUUAUUGUGAAUGAUUUUUUGAGAUUACUUGGUAUUACGGAUAUCAAAAAAAUAGAUACACAUCAAUUAUCAUAUCAACCACAAAUUCUUGGUUGAUACGUCUCAAAUAAAUUUAGAAAAAAUUAUAAAAGGUACGUUUUUUUCAUUCUCUCCAUAGAAUAAAAUAUAAAUUUAAAGAAACAGCGAUUUGUACGCAUUUUUUUUUUUAAAUUACUUUUUAUUGACGAUUUUUAAUUCGGUUGCUUUAGGAAUAUUUUCGCAUGCAAACAAAAAACUUAUAUUUCAGGAUUUUCAAAGGCAAAAAAAAAUUUAAGAAAUUAUAUUAUGACUUCGACGGAAUUGUUUUUUGAAGGGAGUUAUGAUGAAGUUAACGCAAGUCAGCAGCUCAAAAUACGCAGAGCAUUACGUGAUUCUUCCAACCCAAUGGAUUUGGACGAACACAUAUUCAUUCAAAACUUCAGGCUUUCCAAACAAGCCUUCCUCGAGGUGUUAAACGAUAUUGGGGAAAAACUUAAACCGAUCAAAAGCCAGCAGUCCAUUACAAAUGUACUAAAACUAGCAGCGGUUUUAAAAUUCUUUGCCCAAGGAAGUUACCAAUUGAGCGUAGGAAACGACUUUAAUAUUGGUAUGGCACAACCAACAGUGUCAGUCGUUCUUAGUGAACUGCUUGGUGUAUUGGAGAAUUAUAUUUGUCCAAAAUGGAUUAAAUUUCCAUACUCCCAAGAAGAAGAACGUAGGGCUAAAAUUUAUUUUUUCGAAAAAUGUGGCAUUCCAAAUGUAGUCGGAGCUGUUGAUGGAACGCACGUUAAAAUUCUCGGACCGAAAAAGGAUCUUCGGCAUGUUUAUUAUAAUAGAAAAGGCUAUUAUAGUAUAAAUGCUAUGCUUAUUUGUGAUCACCUAAUGAACAUCAGGUAUGUUAAUGCAAAACAUCCGGGAGCGUCGCAUGAUGCAAGCGUUUGGAAUGUGUCACAAAUAAAAACAAAAUUAGAAAGUGAUUAUCGGAAUGGAAGAACUGACUUUCGAAUUCUUGGUGAUGGAGGGUAUCCACUUUCACCAUAUUUAAUUACACCGUACAGAGACGCUGAAGACAAUUCUCUACAAGCAAGAUUCAACAAGUAGCAUGCCCAAGGUCGGAAUAUAAUUGAACGAGUUAUUGGAGUUUUGAAAAGUAGAUUUCGUUGUCUACUGCAAGCAAGAGAACUCCACUACACGCCAAAAAAAGCAACUCAAAUAAUCAACGUAUGUGCAGCGCUGCAUAACAUUUGUAUAAAGUAUAGAUUGGAAAAUCCUGAAGACUUUUAUGAAGAAAACAUUCUUGAAAUCCAUCAUGUUUCCCCUGAUCCUGCAAACCCAACAUUUAUUGAAGGCAGCCGCAUAAGAGAUUCCAUUGCAAGUUUUAUGCGAAAUGAAUAAAUGUCUAGCGAAUAAUUAAUCAAUAAAAAAGCGGAAUUUUUGUACUUCAUGGUUGUUUUAAUAACUUAAAAGACAAAAUAAAGAUAACUUAUUGAAAACUUAAACAGAAUAACGUAAAAACUCAAAAACUAAAAAUUUACUUCAUAUAAAAACUUAAAAAUUAAAUUAAAUUCAGUCAUAUAACUAAUUACACAGUAAUAAUCAAACUGGAUGAUAAUGGUUCAUUAAAUUUUGCUUCGCUUGCUCGAUUUCCAAGAGCUGUUUUUUAAGUUUUAGUUUUGUUUUUCUGUCGUUCUCUUUGUUUUUGAUGUUUUCCUUGUAGAGCAAUAACUUUUCUUUUUUAAUUUUAAGGAUUUCACUUUUUUUUUUCUUUUUUCAAAAUAUAAGUUUUUUUGUUGUAGUAUUCAAUAUUGUCCAUACUCUUUUUAAGAUGAUUCAAUGUUGUUUGCAUGCUACUCAUCUCAGAAAUCAUUUUGUUGUAAAAAUUGUCUUGUGCCGACGUUUGGUUUUCCAGCAAUGCAAGUCUUUUUUUUUCAUGUUGGUCCUUAUUUGAGGUCCUUGGUUGACUAUUUUUCGGUGAUUGCACUAAGGGUACAAUUUCUUCGACCUGCACUGCUUCGUCUUCGUCGGCAAUAACACCUUCGUCAGUCAAAUUUGUUAAUUGCAACCCAAAUUCAACACCCGGGGGAUUAACACAG